AUGGCUCCAACGCCAACGCCACAUCCACAUCCACAACAAACAGCCCACACCCACUCCCUCACAGACCCAGAAACCUUCUGGACCACACACGCGAAUCGGCUCCACUGGGCCCAAAAGCCAACCCAAGCACUGACGCAGCGAACGAAGACGCUGCCCAGCGGUGUCCAACACGAGCAUUGGUCUUGGUUUCCGGACGGUGAGAUCUCCACGAGCUACAAUUGUGUUGAUCGGCAUGUGGAGAAUGGACUCGGUGACCAGGUCGCGAUUAUUUGGGAGUCGCCUGUUACUGGGAUCACGGAGGAAUAUACUUAUCGACGGUUACUGGAUGAGGUGGAGGUUUUGGCGGGUGUGCUUAGGGAGGAGGGGGUUAUGAGGGGUGAUGUUGUUAUUAUUUACAUGCCAAUGAUCCCCGCAGCCCUAAUUGCCGCCCUGGCAAUAACCCGACUCGGCGCAAUCCACGCCGCGGUCUUCGGUGGCUUUGCAGCGGCGUCACUAGCGCAACGGAUAGACGCAGCGCGUCCCAAAGCCAUCAUGACCGCCUCGUGCGGUAUUGAAGGAGCUAAAGGUCCCAUCUCGUACCGGCCGCUAGUCGAGGGUGCCGUCGCUGCUGCCACGUUCAAACCUAGUAAGGUUAUUAUCUGGCAGCGGGACCAGAUGCGAUGGAAUAAUCCCGAUAAACUUGGUGGUCAGCGGAAUUGGCAGCGCAUUGUUAAGAGUGGCCGUAUGCGUGGGGUGAAGGCGGGUCCUGUUGCUGUUAAGAGUACGGAUGCGCUUUAUAUUAUCUAUACCAGUGGCACAACAGGUCUACCAAAAGGCGUAGUCCGCGAAGCAGGCGGUCACGCCGUCGGCCUAGACCUCUCAAUCCGCUCACUAUUCAACAUCCACGGCCCCGGCGACGUAAUGUUCUGCGCCUCAGACAUAGGCUGGGUCGUCGGCCACUCAUACAUUCUCUACGCACCACUCCUAGUAGGCGCAACAACAGUCCUAUUCGAAGGAAAACCAAUCGGGACCCCAGACGCAGGAACUUUCUGGCGCAUCGUCGAGAAACAUCACGUCAACACCCUCUUCACAGCACCAACAGCCAUGCGAGCCAUUCGCAAAGAUGACCCGAAUGACGCCCUCUUCAAAGAAGUCGGACAACGUGGUGGUCUCAAAUCGCUACGUGCGCUAUUUUUGGCCGGAGAGCGCAGUGAGCCGAGUAUCGUUUCCGCGUAUCAGGAUCUACUUUCGAAGUACGCGGCGCAGGGCGCGCAGGUCGUUGAUAAUUGGUGGUCUUCGGAGUCGGGUUCGCCAAUUACGGGUCUUGCGUUGGAUAGUCGUGCGGCUAUUGUUAAACCUACACCCGGGAAGGAGAAGACUGAGACCGAGACAGCGCAAGUAAAACCCCUAUCGACACGCCCCGGUUCAGCAGGUCUCCCAAUGCCAGGUUUCGACGUUCGAGUCGUCGACGACGAAGGCAAUGAAGACGAGGAGCGCUUUUAUAAGGGCUAUUUGAAGAGAUUUGACAGCGUGGGAAAGAAUUGGGUUGAUACCGGUGACGCGGGACUUAUUGAUGAGGAUGGUUAUGUGCAUAUUAUGUCUCGGUCGGAUGAUAUUAUUAAUGUUGCGGCUCAUCGGUUUAGUACUGGAACAAUCGAACAAGCAAUCCUCUCCCACCCCUCCAUAAGCGAAGCAAGUGUCAUCGGAAUUCCAGAUCCGAUUAAGGGCCAUCUCCCCUUCGCAUUUAUACACCUUCGCAACGCAGAUUCCAAUCAAGAGCUCCCAGCAAAACCACCGGCAAAACUCUUCACCGAAGUUAAUGAGAUUGUCCGGACGCAGAUCGGGGCUAUCGCUUCAUUGGGCGGAAUGAUUCAGGGUCGGGGUAUGAUUCCUAAGACUAGGAGUGGGAAGACUUUGAGACGGGUGUUGAGGGAACUUGUUGAAAAGGGGGGUUGUGGGGGAUUUUGA